AAUAAGAUAUAUUGCCAACAAAAAGGCAUGAGAAAUUAGGAAGAAAUUGAAUAGUAAAUAUUAUUGGUUACGGAAAACGUCCUGCCAUAAACGAAGUAAUAUUGUUGAAGUUCCAUAUUAUUAUUUUGCAAAUGCAAACGUACCAGCAAAUAUUCAUCAAAUAAUAUUACGAGGUCCGAAACAUAUACCUACUCCAAUGUUUGAUUAUGCACAACUCAUUCCUCCCACCAUUGCUGCUAUAAAGAACACCUGCUGUCCGGAAUUACAACCUAAAUUGGAGCUUUCUGCAAUAACCAACAUAGCAUCAAAACGAAGUUCGAAAUCCAGCAAAUCAAAUGCACAAACUGCUAUGGUAGUUAAAUCGUAUCUUACAAGCAAUCAUUUAAAUUUGUUGGUAGCAAAUAAAGAUAAAAGAUUUGUGUUAUGCAAAAAUCAGGAUUUCCUAUCAAGAUCCAAUGAAUUCCUUCAACAGUCUGAAUCAAUUACACUGAAAGAUGAUCCGACGCCAACUAUACUAAGGAAGACACGUAAGAUUAUAGCACUCACAGGGGUAACAGCUUCUUUAACUGGUUCUCUUAAUCCGCCAGUGAAUAUUGCUUGCCCGAGAUUAUUCUUUGAAGUGAAGACACACAAGCCUGAUUGGCCUUUAAGACCUUUAAUUAAUAAACGCUCACAUCCUACAUAUUUCCUCGAAACAGCACUAGCAAAACAUCUCUCUGCUUUAGUACCUCCGUCCAACUUAGUAACCAACGCUGUUUUAAAUGCUAAAGCUAACAUUGUAGCUACACUAGGUAGCCUUCCCACUAACUCGUACCGGUUGUACAAAAUAGACGUUAUUUCAUUAUAUCCAUCGGUACCACAUUUUGAAGCUGUCAUGCUUGCUAAUGCACUUCUACUGAGUUCUGGACAUCCCAUAUUACAUGUAUUACAUUUGCGUGAGGCUCUUUUAUUUAUCACAGAAAACAACUAUUUUCAAUUCAAUGGCAAAAUAUACAAACAAACCCAGGGUGUUCCAAUGGGCUCCCCCUUGUCACCUAUUUUAGCAGAACUCAUCAUGAGGAAUAUAGAAAAUCGUAUUUUUCAUGCACCUUUAACAAUCCACUAUCCUAUCAUGUAUCUACAAUACGUUGAUGAUAUUUUGAUUGCAUGGGAUAGCUCUGCAGAGGAUUUAGACAAAUUUAUUCAAAUGCUAGCUUCAAUAUAUCCUACUAUAAAUUUCACUGUAGAAGAGGAGCAAGAAAACACAAUUUCCUUUUUAGAUUUAGAAGUGCAUAGAUAUCCAGAGCUAACUUUUGCGGUGCACCACAAAAACAACAGAGGGCCAGAUAUUAUCCCUGUAACUGCUUUCCAACCCCCGAGCUUUGUUAACUCCGCUAUUACUUCACUUAUUCGGAGAGCACUCCUCAUUCCAUCUUUCCAGACAUUAAUAGAUGAAGAAUUACAAAUUAACAAAAGAGCAAUGCACAAUGCCGGAUAUUCUAACUCCAAAUAUCAAUAUCUCUACAACCUG